ACGUUCUUCCUGUGCGCCGCCUAGUGUCUAGGUCGCGCCGGUUCCUCAGUUUCAGAGCCGUGAAGGUGACAGCGGGAGCUGACCGGCUUGGCUCCCGCGAUGCUAGCGGCACGGCGGCUGCUCGGCGGGUCGCUCCCCGCACGGGUAUCUGUGCGAUUCAGCGGCGAUACGACAGCGCCCAAGAAAACCUCAUUUGGCUCGCUGAAGGAUGAAGACCGGAUCUUCACCAACCUGUAUGGCCGCCAUGACUGGAGGCUGAAAGGUGCCCAGAGUCGAGGUGAUUGGUACAAGACAAAGGAGAUUCUGCUGAAGGGGCCUGACUGGAUCCUGGGUGAGGUCAAGACGUCGGGCUUGCGGGGCCGUGGAGGUGCUGGCUUCCCAACUGGCCUUAAAUGGAGCUUCAUGAAUAAGCCCUCAGAUGGCAGGCCCAAGUAUCUGGUGGUGAACGCAGAUGAGGGGGAGCCGGGCACCUGCAAGGACCGGGAGAUCAUGCGUCACGAUCCCCACAAGCUGGUGGAAGGCUGCCUAGUGGGGGGCCGGGCCAUGGGUGCCCGUGCCGCCUACAUCUACAUCCGCGGGGAAUUCUACAAUGAGGCCUCCAAUCUGCAGGUAGCCAUCCGAGAGGCCUACGAGGCUGGUCUGAUUGGCAAGAAUGCCUGCGGCUCCGGCUACGAUUUGGACGUGUUUGUGGUGCGUGGGGCUGGGGCUUACAUCUGCGGGGAGGAGACAGCACUCAUCGAGUCCAUCGAGGGCAAGCAGGGCAAGCCCCGCCUAAAGCCUCCCUUCCCUGCAGACGUGGGUAAGCCCUGGCGCCUGGCCCGAUCCUGGGCCUUGUCCUGUGUCCUGUGGAGUCCGGGAUCUGGUUUCAGGUCCCCACUGGUCAUUCUUAGGGAAUUUCUGAGUCCCUUCUGCACUGGGCGCCUGACACAGAGAGCAGGGUGGGAACAACAGAGGCUCCACCAGUGCCACCUGCAGUCCCUCAUCCUGCCUCAGCUCCCACGUCAGAUACCCAAGUCCUCUCCAACCCUCCGGGAACUCGGG